UUUCUUCAGAGACAACACCCCUUCACCAAACACCAAUUAAACAAACACAACCUAAUACUGAAUUGUACAAAAUAUAAAUAAAUCAAAAACGUUUGUUUCUUUAUCUCAAUGUUGUUUAUUUCUUUCUCUAUAUUUCUAUCACCUUCUCCCCCUUCCUUGACCUUGAACAGCCUCAAACUAAAGCCUUCUGUUAUUAUUCACACUUUCUCCCUCCCAUGCAACCUCUUCGCCGCAAGAACAAUCUUUCCAACUCAGAAACUACAGCAAUGAAAGGCAAAAAGAGCAAUAGCAUCUCCAUUUUCUUGGUGGUCUUCUCCAUGUUCCUCUUUGGGGUCUUCAUGUACAACGAGGACCUUAAGUCAAUGGCUGAGCUCACAUUCUUGAGGCCUAAAGCUCAAGAAAUCCAAGAAGGGAAACAAGAACCAGAUAAUUCUGUUCAAAUGAAUAACAUGAAAGACAACGCCACAGUAACAGUUUCCAAGGCCUCAAGAACUCAACUAGAGAAGAACCAGAUUGAGGAGUCUGAGGAAACCCAAGAACCUAUUGAUUUGAAAGCCACUUUGGUGGCAACGGAGGAGAAUGAGGAAGAAAAAGAUGAGGUUGUGCUGCCUCCAGAAGAGUGUGACUUGUUCACAGGUGAGUGGGUUUUGGAUGAAGCGACUCAUCCUUUGUAUAAAGAAGACCAAUGUGAAUUCCUCACUGCCCAAGUUACUUGCAUAAGGAAUGGAAGAAGUGAUUCUCUUUAUCAGAACUGGAGAUGGCAGCCCAGAGAUUGCUCUUUGCCCAAGUUCAAACCAAGACUUUUGCUUGAGAAGCUUAGAGGGAAGAGGCUUAUGUUUGUUGGAGACUCAUUGAAUCGGAACCAAUGGGAAUCAAUGAUUUGUCUGGUCCAAUCAGUUAUCUCCCAAGGCAGAAAGAGCUUGCACAGAACUGGUUCUCUUUCUAUCUUCACAAUAGAGGAUUACAGUGCUACGGUGGAGUUCUACUGGGCACCAUUCCUUGUGGAGUCAAAUUCGGAUGAUCCAACGAUGCAUAGCAUAUUGAACCGUAUUAUAAUGCCUGAAUCAAUCGAAAAGCAUAGUGUGAAUUGGAGGAAUGUGGACUACUUGAUUUUUAACACCUACAUAUGGUGGAUGAAUACUGCCACUAUGAAAGUCUUACGAGGGUCGUUUGAUGAAGGAUCAACGGAGUACGAUGAAGUCCCUCGACCAAUAGCAUAUGGGAGAGUCCUCAAGACUUGGUCCAAAUGGGUGGAUGACAACAUUGAUCCUAAUCGCACCAAAGUUUUCUUCUCCAGCAUGUCCCCUCUUCAUAUUAAGAGUGAGGAUUGGAACAACCCGAAUGGAAUAAAAUGUGCAAGGGAAACCACCCCAAUUCUCAAUAUUUCCACCACCAUACAAGUGGGCACGGAUCGAAGGCUUUUUGUCAUUGCCAACAAUGUGACACAAUCCAUGAAGGUCCCAGUGAACUUCCUUAACAUAACAACAUUGUCAGAGUUAAGAAAAGAUGCACAUACAUCUGUUUACACCAUACGUCAAGGUAAGAUGUUAACUCCAGAGCAACAAGCUGACCCAAGUACUUAUGCUGAUUGUAUCCACUGGUGUCUACCUGGGUUACCUGAUACAUGGAAUGAGUUCCUUUAUGCACGUAUCAUUUCUCAAUCUUGACCAACAACUUAUAAAUAUAUU